GAACUAAUUAUAUUUAUCAAAUUUUGAAAGUGUAUUAUUACAAAAUAUACAAUUUUACAAAAGUUAAGGUAAUAAUUCAAUAAUAAUAGAAAAUUGCUAACUUGUAGUAAUAGAAAACCUGUAAAUAGAUAAUCUUCAGAGCUAAAAUAUGUUAUUUACUUUAAAUAAUAACAUUCAUGUUAUUUUAAGAUAGGUUUACGUUGAAAACUCAAAUUAAAAUAAUAUAUUUUAUUUAUAAAACAACUAUAUGGUUGAAAUAGAAGACAUAUUCAUAGAAUAAUCAAAUUAUCUUAAUAUAUUUUAAGUUAUCCUAGGAAAUAGUUUGAAUAUUAAUAAUAUUUAAAUCAGUAAUGGUUAAAAUUCAAGAAUAUUAUAAAUUCUUGGUACUGUUGAUGUAAAUAUAUAAAAAAUCCAAGUAAAUGAAAGCAAUUUAAUAAAAUUAAUAGAAAUUAACUCAUUUUACAUACAAAACCAAAAAUUUUUACAAAUAUAAAAUGAAAUUAGAAAUUUAAAAAUAUUUAAUUCAACAGAUGUUUUUUUAUAAAUUGAUUGUGGAGCAUCUAGUAUUUAUGAUCUUUAAUUUAUUUAAUUAAAUUAUACCUUAAAUUAUUGUAUUUCUUUAAGAACAGAUGAUUUAAUUAUGGAUAAUAUUACAGUCAAAAAUUCCUAAUCAAACUCGCCAGGUUUUAUAUAAAUUUUUAUGUUUAAUAAUUGCAAAAUAUAAAAUAUUUACAGCUUUAGUAAUGAUUUACAAUUUAUUUAUUUGAUGAAUUAGAAUUAAGGUGGAUUUGCUUAUAUAUUAAACUCUAAAUUUAUUAACUGUAAUCUAUAAUAGAAUGAUUAUUUAAUCUAUUUAAUAAGUUUAGAUAACAUAUUUUUAGAUUAAAUUUAAAUAAAAGAUAAUUUAUUUAAUAGUACUGAUCGAUCAUCUGCUUUACUUAUAAUGGAAUCCUAAACAAUAACUCUCACUAAUUUUUAAGUAAAAAAUAAUACUAAUAUGAUGGGAGCUGGGGGUUCAAUUUAUGUUUUUGAAAGCGUAAAUAUAACUAUAAAAAAUAGUAUUUUUAUUUAGAAUAAGUGCUUAUAUUUUUAAGGUGGAGCUUUAUUUAUUUCUAGUUCUAACUUUUAGAGCUAACUAAAUAUUUAUGAUUCAAUAUUUUUAUAAAAUUAAGCUCUUGUUUCAACUGGAGGAGCAAUAAGUGUUUAAAAUACAAAUAUUAUUAUGAAAAAUACAGAAAUUUCAUAGAAUAGAGCUUCUAUAGGUGGAGGCGUUUAUUAUGAAUAAGUUAUACCAUAAUUUAUUUUAGACCUUAAAUAGGUGUUAAAAAACAACGAUAAUAAUAAUAAUAAUAAUACAAUAUAAAAUAAUUAAGCUCACAUAUAUGGUAAUAAUUUUGGGUCUUCUUUAAGAAAAAUUAGUAUUAACAUUAAGAGUAUUUAAAUUCCAAAAGAAAGUGCUAUUGAAUAAGAAAUGGAUAAUAUUAAAAUAAGUCUAUUCAAGAGUGGAUAGAUAAUUUCAUUUAAUAAAAUCUAAUUACUAGAUGAAGAAGAUAAUCCUAUUUUUAUUCCUAAAAUUGGAGAAUCAGAUUUCAAUAAAUUAACUUAAGAUAUAUAAUCUCUAAUUAAAUAAAUUAUUAUUUCUUUGAGAUGGGAUCAAUAAAAUUAUUAAAUAUAGCUCUAAGGAUAACUUUAAUCAUAAGAAUUUAUAAAUGGUGGAUUCAAUUUGAAUGCAUAAAUUAUGUAUUAACCAUAAAAAAAUAUGGUUCUCUAAAUUGUUUCAAACACAUUUCAAUAACUUUAAGAUCCAAAGGGAAAUAUUGUAAUUUAAGGUGGAUAGUUUUUGCAAAAUAUAACUAUUGACUUUGUAAGUUGUUCUACUGGAGAAAUUCAAAAGGAUUAAGGUAAUUCUAUUGUGUGUGAUUAAUGUCCUGAUGGAAAAUACUCUUUAAAUACAGCAGAUACAGAUUGCUAGUAAUGCCCGAUAGUUGCAAUUUCAUGCUAUGGUUCAGUGAUUAAUUUAAAGAAUGGUUACUGGAGGGAAAGUGAGAUGACAGACCAAAUAGCUUAUUGCUAGUAUAAUCCAAUAUCGUGCUAGUCUUAAUCGAAAAACUCAAAGUAUGGUUGUAUUGAAGGUUACGUAGGUACUCUUUGCUAAUCUUGUGAUAUAUAUGGAGUAGUUUGGAAAUAACGAUACUCUGAAAUAUUUAAACCAGGGAAAUGCUAUAUAUGUGAAGAAAAUGCAUUACUUAUCUUUGUCCAAAAUUUAAUAAUAUUUUUGCUAAUUUCUACAUAUAUUUUCUAUAUUUUAAAAAAUAUAAUUUCAAAACUUUAAUCAAAGCUAGCUGGCUAUUACAUUUAGAGGUUAGAUAUAAUUUAUUUAGGAUCAACAUUAAGUAAAUUAGAUAGACCACAAAUCGUAUCUAAAAUUAUGACAGACCAUCUUUAAAUCUUAUCGUUAUUAAUAUCCUUUUAAGUUAAUAUACCGAUAUCGUUUUAAUUGCCAGUUUAAUUCUUAGGAAACUCUCUAUAAUAUGCUAGUAAAUCUAUUGAUUGCGUUUUUUCUAAGAAUAAACACUUACAGCCACUGUGGUUUUAUUAAUCUUUAUGGUCAUUUGCUUUGCCUCUUAGCUUAUUAAUUGCUUAUUUUACUGUUGGAAUAUCAUAUAGCCUAUUCAAAAAAAAUAAAAUUAUGCUAAAGUAUAAAACUACAGCUUUUCUUUUUAUUUAUUUUUACUUUUUACCUAUGGUUAUAACACUUUUAAGCAGGUCUAUUAACUGCAUCUAAAUAGCAAAUAAAGCAUAUUUAGAUAUCGAUAUAAAUAUUUAAUGCUUUGAUGAUAACUGGCAUAAACCGUUUAUAUAUUAUUACUCAAUACCAAUGUUAACAAUUUGGUUAUUAGUAAUUCCUCUUUGCUUAUUGAUAAAAAUUAGAGAUUUUAAAAAUUAAUAAAAGUCCUCUAUAUUUAGUGUAUGUAAAUAUUCAUUUAUAUUUGCAGGAUACAAAGAAAAGUUUUAUUAUUGGGAGUUUGGUAAAUUAAUUUAUAAAUCUUUGCUAAUUUUUAUUGGGAUCUUACUCUAAUAAAAGCCAUUUCUAAAAGUAUGCUUGUUGAACGGUUUAAUAUUUUUUUAAUUUUAUUUAAUCUUCAAAGCUAAGCCAUAUUAGAUAUAAAGCUUUAACAAUUCACUGUAGAAAUCAACUUUGCUGUGCUCAUAUACUUUGAAUCUAUCUACUAUUUAUUAAUAGGUUAUUAAUGAAAAUUUAAUUUAUCAAAUAGUAAUGAUUGGAUUAUUAAUUAUACCAAACCUUUUAUUUAUUCAUUAGAUAUUGCUAGGUAUAGUUUUUAUUAGUAUCUCAAGCGAUAAAAAUGAUAGAAACUUAUUUCAAAAUAUUUUAUUUUCUUUAAAGUGUAAUUUUCCAACUUAAUUUGAAAACAUUUAAAUUUAAAAUAAGAAAAAAAUAAAAUAUUUAAUUAAAUUUAAAUAAGUAAAAAAUAAGAUAUAAAAACUUAUUUAAUAUUUAAAAAGCUAUGAUUUUUAUAGCUAGUAAACCUUACAAUCUCAUUUUAAUUUACAAAGAUGCUCACCAUAAUAAUAAACUUCUCAAAUUAUACAAAACACAAAAUUAUAAUUAGAUUAGCAAACUAAUUCAUAAGAUAACACCAAAAAUCCAUUUUUUUUAAAGAUUAACUCAUUAAAUAAGAUGAGAAAUAAGUGGUCUUACUACAGUAGAAAAACUAGAUAAAGCCCUUUAUGCAAAAUUUAAAAUGAGUCUAAUUAGGGAAUGGAACUAACUUCAGCAAAAUUAAAAUAUACCUAAGAAGAUGAGAUUUGUUCAAUAAACGCAACUAAUGAAAAUAUCAAUUAAAAUAUUGAAUAUAAUUGAAAUAAUAAAUUUAAUAAAAAAAUAAAUAGA